AUACUACAGUGACAACUUCCGUUCUAAUGACAUCUAAUUUCCGUGUUUGUGCUGACACGUCGUAAGCUUUUCCAAACCACUUCUGCUCAUACGUGUAAGUCUUCUUUCGCUGUAGAGCAAGAGACGGACCGGUCACUUACGAACCAUGGCACCUAAAGGUAGCAGCAAACAGCAAUCCGAGGAAGACCUACUCCUCCAGGACUUCAGCCGAAACCUGUCUGCAAAGUCCACCGCGCUUUUCUACGGCAAUGCGCUAAUUGUGUCCGCAAUUCCCAUUUGUAAGUAGCAAGACCAAACCGGUAACUGGUUAGCAGCUAAUUGUAUCAUGGACGCAUUACAUUGAAUGGACAUUCCGCUACCGGUAGCUAGCCAUAUUUUUACCUAACAUAGCUAACUAACGUGGCAUAACAAGACUUGUAUAGCUAAGUUUGCUAACUACCCUAUGCCACCACUGGUUAAUAUAUUACUCAGUUACUGUAGCUACCUAGUUGGUAUAUGACAGGUAAAGUUAUCUAGUUAGGUAGCUACUUGCUGAGAUUGAUAGUGGUUGUGUUGGGUGUUGUAGUUAGCUAGCUACGUUAUCCCAGACUUUGAUUAGCUAACGGGCACGUCAUUGUAGGUAGCUAACGUUAGCUAGUCUAUUCUGUUCACAGUGACACUACUAUAUAAUACUAGCUAUCAUAAACAGAGUAGUUAUUGGUCAUGUGAACUGUUGUGACCCUCCGUGUUUGUGGUCUUCCCUUGUUGUGGUUCAGGGCUGUUCUGGAGGAUCUGGCACAUGGACCUGGUCCAGUCAGCGGUCCUGUAUGCAGUCAUGACCCUGGUCAGCACCUACCUGGUGGCCUUCGCCUACAAAAACGUCAAGUUCGUUCUCAAACACAAGUAUGUUUGUUAUACAAACAUGAACACUCACUUAACUAUGGCCUCUGUGUUCUGCAAUGCUUGGAGGUAUGGUGAGCAUGGUAUCAAUCGGUAGUAGGUCGGUACCUAACUUCUAAAUGGGCUUUGUCUCUUGACCACAGAGUUGCCCAGAAGCGAGAGGAUGCCGUCUCCAAGGAGGUGACCAGGAAACUCUCUGAGGCUGACAACCGCAAGAUGUCUCGCAAGGAGAAAGAUGAGAGGUCAGUCCGCCAGCCAGUCUGUGAUUGGACAGAUAACAUGUCAGUCACUCCUCUGAGGUUGUUACUGGAGGAUGAUAAGGUGCCUGAUGAGCUCUUGGUUGCUCAUUUACAGACCUCACUAAGAGACAGUUCUUGUUCCCCAAUCAAUUUCAUGUUGUCAAAGCUGUAGGGGUCUCACCCAAACAGCUAGCCUGGGUGCUAGUCUGUUUCUGGUCUCUUUAAUAUAGCCUGGGUGCCGGUCUAUUUCUGGUCUCUUUAAUAUAGCCUGGGUGCUAGUCUGUUUCUGGUCUCUUUAAUAUAGCCUGGGUGCCAGUCUGUUUCUGGUCUCUUUAAUAUAGCCUGUGUACCAGUCUAUUUCUGGUCUCUUUAAUAUAGCCUGGGUGCCAGUCUGUUUCUGGUCCUUUAAUAUAGCCUGGGUACCAGUCUGUUUCUGGUCUCUUUAAUAUAGCCUGGGUGCCAGUCUGUUUCUGGUCUCUUUAAUAUAGCCUGGGUACCAGUCUGUUUCUGGUCUCUUUAUAUAGCCUGUUACCAGUCUAUUUUGGUCUCUUAAUAUAGCCUGGGUGCCAGUCUGUUCUGGUCUCUUUAAUAUAGCCUGGGUACCAGUCUGUUUCUGGUCUCUUUAUAUAGCCUGGGUACCAGUCUGUUUCUGGUCUCUUUAAUAUAGCCUGGGUACCAGUCUGUUUCUGGUCUCUUUAAUAUAGCCUGGGUGCCAGUCUGUUUCUGGUCUCUUUAAUAUAGCCUGGGUGCCAGUCUGUUUCUGGUCUCUUUAAUAUAGCCUGGGUACCAGUCUGUUUCUGGUCUCUUUAAUAUAGCCUGGGUACAGCUAUUUCUGGUUCUUAAUAUAGCCUGGGUACCAGUCUGUUUCUGGUCUCUUAAUAUAGCCUGGGUGCCAGUCUGUUUCUGGUCCCUUUAAUAUAGCCUGGGUGCAGCUGUUUCUGGUCUCUUUAAUAUAGCCUGGGUGCCAGUCUGUUUCUGGUCCCUUUAAUAUAGCCUGGGUGCCAGUCUGUUUCUGGUCCCUUUAAUAUAGCCUGGGUGCCAGUCUGUUUCUGGUCUCUUUAAUAUAGCCUGGGUACCAGUCUGUUUCUGGUCCCUUUAAUAUAGCCUGGGUGCCAGUCUGUUUCUGGUCUCUUUAAUAUAGCCUGGGUGCCAGUCUGUUUCUGGUCCCUUUAAUAUAGCCUGGGUGCCAGUCUGUUUCUGGUCUCUUUAAUAUAGCCUGGGAACCAGACUGUUUCUGGUCCCUUUAAUAUAGCCUGGGUGCCAGACUGUUUCUGGUCUCUUGCCAACUCCUUAUGGAAUUUUUAUGUAAAAUGGCUUGACGAUGGAGUAGGCAAAAGCACAAACAGAUCUGGGACCAGUCUACCAAACAGCAUGCACAAACACAUGCACAAAUGGUUGAUGAACCCUUCCUUCCAUAUGUUAGGAUCCUGUGAAAGGAGGAGGUAGCUGACUAUGAUUUGAUAAACCGUUCUCCUCCCCAUGUUAGGAUCCUGUGGAAGAAGAAUGAGGUAGCGGAUUAUGAGGCCACCACCUUCUCGAUCUUCUAUAACAACACUCUGUUCCUGGUCCUCGUCAUCAUCGCCUCCUUCUUCCUGCUCAAGAACUUCAACCCCACAGUGUAUCCUUUUAAGCACAUUAAUCAUCAAUUUAACUAAGGUAUAGUUCCAGUAGAAACUAUGGGUGCUUACUAAAGCUGAAAAUAGAUGGAUGAUCCUUUACUAAUAAUGAUAGUUAUUUUAAUAAUAAUGAUUGUUGAGGCUAGACUAACAUCCUGGCAUUCGCAUUGUCCUGUUGCGAUAUAGAACUUGCAGAGGAAAGUUCUUUGCUUAUUCAUUGGCUGUAGUCUGUGGACUAGCCAAUCACCGGUUGGUUGAAAUUCAGAUUGCAUCCUGUAUUGAAGCUCCAGGUUGCCACUGCUGCAUUCUAUUUACAAUUCUGGAUUGCUGUUUACCUCUGGCUGAAUAAUGUCUGAGAAGUGGGUGGAUGGGGUUGAGUGGAGGAUGCUUAAUGCUGAAAUCUGUGUGUGUAGGAGAUUCUUAAUGCUCACCCAGAUACGAUAAGUAUGUAGCUAAGCCUCGAGCAUUAUUCCCUCUCACUACUUGCCUGCCAUUUCCUCCCAAUAAAUGUGUAUGCUCUACAGAUAUGUUUUGUCCUUAACCCAUUGUUCCCCCAGUAACUACAUCCUGUCCAUCAGUGCCUCAUCUGGUCUCAUCGCCCUACUGUCCACUGGAUCCAAGUAAAGGAGGAAAGAGAGAAAGAAUCUGAGAAGAGGAGGGAAUGGGGUUGGGGUCAGGGGUCAGGGAGGGCUGGUGUGAAGCUGGGGGAUAGGGAGGAUAAUAAAAUAAUUCACAUUUCAGCUGUAAGUCUUCAUGAAAUUCAGGAUGUCACUCCAGGUCUGUCCUUCGCCUUUUGUACUAAUUCAUUAAAGUGGCCAGAUCAAGAACCACUGUGUGUGUGUGUGUGGUUGUCAACCAGCAAAUAAUCAGAAUUGAUUUACAUUUCCAAGAAUGAAACACCAAUCGACUUCAUCUGCAUUAUGCAUUUAUUAAUGAAGUCGUAUUAAUUUAUACACGGAGCAAAAAUAUGAACUCAACAUGUAAAGUGUUGGUUUCGUGAGCUGAAAUAAAAGAUCCCAGAAAUGUUCCAUAUGCACAAAAAGCUUAUUUCUCUCAAAUGUUGUGCACAAAUUUGUUUACAUCCCUGAUAGUGAGCAUUUCUCCUUUGCCAAGAUAAUUCAUCCACCUGACAGGUGUGGCAUAUUAAGAAGCUGAUUAAACAGCAUGAUCAUUACACAGGUGCACCUUGUGCUGGGGACAAUAAAAGGUCACUCUAAAAUGUGCAGUUUCGUCACACAACACAAUGCCACAGAUGUCUAAAGUUUUGAAGGAGCGCACCAUUGGCAUGCUGACUGCAGGAAUGUCCACCAGAGCUGUUGCCAGAGAAUUGAAUGUUAAUUCCUCCAUCAUUUUAGAGAAUUUGGCAGUACAUCCAACCGGCCUCACAACCGCAGAACACGUGUAUGGCGUGAUGUGGGUGAGUGGUUUGUUGAUGUCAACUUUGUGAACAGAGUGCCCCAUGGUAGCGGUGGGGUUAUGGUAUGGGCAGGCAUAAGAUACAUACAAAGAACACAAUUGCAUUUUAUCGAUGGCAAUUUGAAUGCACAGAGAUACCGUGAUGAGAUCCUGAGGCCCAUUGUCGUGCCAUUCAUCCACCGCCAUCACCUCAUGUUUCAGCAUGAUAAUGCACGGCCCCAUGUCACAAGGAUCUGUACACAAUUCCCUGAAGCUGAAAAUUCCCCAGUUCUUCUAUGGCCUGCAUACUCACCAGAUAUGUCACCCAUUGAGCAUGUUUUGGAUGCUCUGAAUCGAUGCCUGCGACAUCUUGUUCCAGUUCCCGCCAAUCUCCAGCAACUUCGCACAGCUAUUGAAGAGUAGUGGGACAAAAUUCCACAGGCCACAAUCAACAGCCUGAUCAACUCUAUGCGAAGGAGAUGUGUUGCGCUGCAUGAGGCAAAUGUAAUCACACCAGAGACUACUGGCUGGUUUUCUGAUGCAACCCCCUAUUUUUUUUUUUUUUUAAGGUAUCUGUGACAAACAGAUGCAUAUCUAUAUUACCAGUCAUAUGAAAUCCAUAGAUUAGUGCCUAAUUUAUUUAUUUUCAAUUGACUGAUUUCCUUAUGAACUGUAACUCAGUCAAAUCUGAAAUUGUUGCGUUUAUAUUUUUGUUCCGUAUGUAAGCAAUUUACAGGGAGGUCACUGUUCUCAUGACAGGAUAGGAAAUAAAUUAGUGAACUGGAUAGAUGGAUGGACACCGAUGUUUAAGUAAUAUAGUCAGGGUUUCCCAAAUUCGGUCCUGGGCCCCCCGGGUGCACGUUUUGUUUUUUACCCUAGCAUUACACAGCUGAUUCUAUAAUCAAAGCUUGAUAAUGAGUUGGUUAUUUGAAUCAGCUGUGUAGUGCUAGGGCAAAUACCAAAACGGGCCCCCGGACCGAGUUUGGGAAACCCUGAUAUAGUUGGUAAAUCCUCUGUCCUGAUAACUUUAGAAAACAACACUUUUUAUAACGGUCUGCUAUCUUUAAAUACAGUAGUUUACAUGGUCAGCCUGGUCUAAAUGGGUAAACCCAUGAGGGAAGCAGGACUUGGAUCUGGACCAAACAGCCAUGGAUGUAUUGUGCUGCUGAGAGAGGAGAAACAGUGGAACACUAUUUACACAAUACUUAAGAGGUUAUUUAUAGAAUACUUAAGAGGUUAUUUAUAGAAUAUAAUAAUAAUAUAAUAAUAAUAAAUAAUAAUAAAGUUAUUUAUAGAAUAAGGUUAUUUAUAGAAUACUUAGAGGUUAUUUAUAGAAUACUUAGAGGUUAUUUAUAGAAUACUUAGAGGUUAUUUAUAGAAUACUUAGAGGUUAUUUAUAGAAUACUUAGAAGUUAUUUAUAGAAUACUUUAGUUUCAUCUGCAACAAAGGGGGCUUGAGGUCUGUUCUGCAUAUGUUACAAGGUUUGCCCCGUAAAGUUUAAUAUAUACACCCCUGAAAGACAAAAAAUAUUCUAACACACAGAAGAAACGUAUUUUCACAUACUAUUAUAGAAUAGUAUUUUUCAAAAAUACUUCACCUAUCUUUCGCAUGAUCAAACAAGCAACGCUAGCAGUUAACAUUGGUCUGGUGGGAAGUCGCGUCACAGGGUGGAGGAGGAGAGGCAGGAUUCUCCUCUAUGGAUGCAGACAGACACUCUACAGCUACAGUACAGGAGGCCACCUACUCACUCAGGUGUCUCACUGGGAGAAUCUCAAUUGUAUUUCCUUUGGACUCCUCGCAUCCUCUCUCCUCGCCUCCUUCUCAAAACCCAUUGGAUGAGAAAGCCAGAGGUCCCUGCCCCUCUGACCUUCUCCUCCAAUGGGUUUUGAGAAGGUGGUGAGGAGAGAGGACAUGAGGAAUAUGCAAUUGAGAUUCUCCCAAGGAAAUGCAAUUGAGAUUCUCCAGCGCUCUCUCUAAGAAUCUAUUGAAGAUAUUAGAUAGCAGUUCCUCGUAUGACCAGAGGGGGACGACAACAUGCACAUUCUUCCCCUCACAGACAGAACAAAUGCCUGUCACUGAAACUCAAUGUCCCAGUGUGCUCUGCUUCACAAGGUCAAACAGUGGUCAAAUACAGUAGACUGGUUGGAGAGAGGAGUUUGUUUUCAAAAUGCAUUGUGAAAGAAGCUUACGGUAUAUUCUAAGUAUUAACCCCUUUCUGUGUUGUUUUGUAAAAUGUGCUUUUGAAGAGAACGUCCAGGCACACCAGAGAGGGGAAGCAUGCAGUCAGAAAACCUACUGAUACUGGGUUAGGCUGAACUGAGCUUGGUUACACUGGGCUAAGAAGGCUUGGGCUGGGCUGGGCUGAGCUGAGCAGGCCUGAACUGGGCUGGAUUAGACUGAGCUGAACCCCGUGGAGGUUGGUGGAACUGGAUCCACAGUGGUUGUCCAGUAGUGGUUCUGCUUCCUCCUGGGUGUCUAGGAACGGUACUCCUUCUUACUGUACGGCUUGUUCUCCAGUAUGUGAUCGAUGUCCGACACCACAUGAGACGUCAUUUUUGGAAGGAACUGUGGAAAAUAGCAGAAUUUGUGUGAGUGUACGUGUGUGUGUGUGUGUGUAUACAUGUUUUCCUUCAUUAUCAGGACCACAAUGUCCUGACAAGUCACCAGGAAAACAAGACAUUUUCUGAAAAGUUAGGACUUUUUUCAUGUCCUGAAUUUGUUAAAAUGCUAUUUUAGACAUAAGGGUUAGGUUUAGGGUUAGAAGUUAGGGUGAGAUUUAGGGUUAGGUUUAGGAGUUAGGGAAAAUAGGAUUUUGAAUGGGAAUACAUUUUUACUCCUCAAAAAUGUGUGUGUGUGUGUGUGUGUGUGUGUGUGUGUGUCUGUGUGUGUGUUUACCUGUAUGGCACCCAGGUUCUCUGUUAGCUGCUCUGGACUGGGGAUCCCCGGAGGAACUCACCCCUGUUCCUCAAACACCAGGAAGGGAAGGGGGAGAAGGAGGAAGAGGGAAGAGGAGGAGAGGGCCGAAUAG